UUGGUUAACUUCAGGAGGGGCAUUUGCGUCAUUCAAAUAACACCUAAAGAAGCGAUGCCUCAAGUAUAGCUUCGUCGGUGGUCUUCGGAACCCGCCAUUUUCAGUUUCCACUCUCUCCACCUGGCGCUCGGGUCGGGUCAUAUGUUGUCCUGGUACCUAUAAAUUUCUCUCGCACGUGGCGCUUCACGGGCACCUUGGAAGCGACCCUUGUUUUUGAACAAUGUGUUAAGUCUGAUAUAGAUCCGGGGGCUGACGUGGUAAUCAAAGCGCUUUCUCUGAAAUGGCCGAAAAGUCGAGGUCCAGGGGAUCAUGUUGCGGCUGGUUUCUGGCGUUUGUCGUUCUUGCUAUCGUCGUCGGUGCCGUUGUAUAUGCAUUGGUGAAGAAAUUUGGUCACCACCAUAAGAGCGCCAACGACGAAGAUUAUGCCUCCGCUCUCAAACUCUCAAUGCAGUUCUUCGAUAUACAAAAAUCUGGUAGGUUGGUGGACAACAAAAUAUCCUGGAGAGGGGACUCAGCUCUUAAAGAUGGAAGCCAAUCGAAGUUGGAUUUAACAAAAGGGAUGUACGAUGCUGGGGAUCACAUGAAGUUUGGUUUUCCAAUGGCAUUUACUGCUACCGUGUUAUCUUGGGCCAUCUUGGAAUAUGGAAAUAAUAUGGAUAAAGUUGGCCAGUUGCAGCCUGCUAAAGAAUCACUCAAGUGGAUCACUGACUAUCUCAUCAGUGCGCAUCCUUCUGAGAAUGUGCUUUACAUUCAGGUGGGCGACCCUGCUGCAGAUCAUUCAUGCUGGGAUAGGCCUGAAGACAUGACUGAGGCAAGGCCACUUACUCAGGUCAACACAUCUAGUCCUGGAACAGAUGUAGCAGCUGAAACUGCCGCAGCCAUGGCCUCGGCAUCUUUGGUCUUUAAGAAAAGUGAUUCUACAUAUUCAAGCACUCUCCUCAGGCAUGCAAAAGAGUUGUUUAAUUUUGCGGAAAAGAACAAGGGAUCUUAUAGUAAGAGCAUUCCUGAAGUCCAGACGUAUUAUAAUUCAACAGGAUAUGGUGAUGAACUCUUGUGGGCAGCUAGCUGGCUCUAUCAUGCUACAAAUGAUGAUUCUUAUCUUCAGUAUGUGACUGGUCAAAAGGGAGAAGACUAUGCUCAGUGGGGGACUCCAACCUGGUUUAGUUGGGACAACAAGCUUGCCGGAACUCAGGUUUUGUUAUCCAGAUUAAGCUUCUUUAAGGCCAAUGACAUUACCAGCUCAUAUGGCUCUGGUCUUCGAAGUUACAGGAAAACAGCCGAGGCUGUAAUGUGUGGUCUUCUGCCAGAUUCUCCAACAGCCACAAAAAGCAGAACUGAUAAUGGUCUUAUAUGGGUCAGCGAAUGGAACUCUCUGCAGCAACCGGUUGCUUCAGCAUUCUUAGCUACUCUUUACAGUGAUUAUAUGCUUACUUCGAAGACUCACAAAUUAAGUUGUGAUUCAGAUUCUUUCAGCCCAGAAGAUCUCCGGAACUUCGCCAAAUCUCAGGCUAAUUAUGUCUUGGGCAAUAAUCCUAUGCAUAUGAGUUAUCUAGUUGGAUAUGGGGAUAAAUUCCCACUAUUCGUUCAUCACAGGGGAGCUUCAAUUCCUUCUGAUGAAAAGCCUAAUUGCAAAGACGGUUUCCGAUGGCUCGAAUCAUCUGAUCCUAAUCCCAACGUAGCCACGGGAGCACUUGUUGGUGGACCCUUCUUAAACGAGACUUUUAUUGACUCCAGGAACAAUUCCAUGCAAGCCGAACCAAGCACCUAUAACACAGCCCUAGCCGUGGGCCUCUUUUCUAGUUUAGUCACCACAUCAUCAGCAGUUCAAUCCUUUACCUGAUAGUUAUAGCUUCUCUUGGCCGCAGCCGAAAGUAAGCUGGAUGUUUGAGUGCAGUGUCAACUGUCGACCAUAUUUCCUUGUAGCUGUAUUCAUUUUAUAGCUAAUUAAAAGGGGGCAAAAUAAUGGUGUACCAAUGUGCUUGAUUGUUUGUAUUGUACUGUCUGGUGCGGCGUCUGAUGGUUUAGCCUACAUUGCCACGCACAGGCAAAUUUGAUUUGACUUGGUCAGCGCACCAUGUUUGAGCUAUACCAUUGCACUUGUGUUAAAAAUAUAUAUUAAUUCUUUUUUUUUUAAUUGAAAUGAUUGUUAUGAUA